UAGCAUAACAUAUAGGGAGCGAGAUCCCAAAACCAAAAGGUGGAGGGCGUGGGCGAGGGAUAUCUAUCUUCAUUUUCGUCGUCGUUCAUUUUUUUAUUUUUUUUUUCUGUUUUCCAUUCGCUUCUUCUCUCAGAAAAGCUCGCCAAUCGAUCUUGCUCUCUUCUACGCUUUUCGAAUUCCUUCCAUUCCAUUAUGGACGCAGAUUAGAUUCACGCUCACAUUCACUUCUCUUCGUUUGCUUCAACCACUCUGCUCUGCUCUGCUCUACUCUGAGAUCCGAUCGCAUUUUCAUUCAGAAAGGAAACUCGUGUGACUGAUUUAUGCGCUAAUUGCAAUUGCACUGCGAGCGUCCCUGUGCCGAAUCGGAAGAUGGGAUUAGUGUUUACCAAAUUGUUUUCCUCUCUUUUCGGUAACAAGGAAGCUCGAAUCCUCGUUCUCGGCCUCGACAAUGCCGGCAAAACCACUAUUCUCUAUCGGCUUCAGAUGGGCGAAGUUGUCUCCACCAUUCCAACAAUUGGGUUUAAUGUCGAAACAGUGCAGUAUAACAACAUUAAAUUUCAAGUCUGGGAUUUAGGUGGGCAAACAAGUAUCAGGCCAUAUUGGAGGUGUUACUUUCCAAAUACUCAAGCAAUAAUCUAUGUUGUUGAUUCAAGUGACGUUGAUAGGCUUGUGAUAGCUAAGGAGGAGUUCCAUGCAAUUUUGGAGGAGGAAGAACUAAAAGGUGCAGUUGUUCUCAUUUUCGCAAACAAGCAGGACCUUCCUGGUGCACUUGAUGAUGCUGCAGUGACCGAGGCUCUAGAGUUACACAAGAUCAAAAAUCGCCAAUGGGCUAUUUUUAAAACUUCUGCCAUAAAAGGAGAAGGACUUUUUGAGGGCCUUGACUGGUUGAGCAAUACACUCAAAUCUGGAGGUGGCUAAAGGUGUCAGUUUCAACGAAUUAAAUGGACGAUUGAAUUCAGAAGGAAGGUGGAAAUGCGUAUUUUGGUAUCUCUUUCACUGUGAAUGAUGCUAUAAUAAUAUGAUUAUUAAAGCUCGUACACAUGUUUUAUUCCGUUUUGUGUUUACAGUUAAAAAGGUAUGAACAAUGGUCAUUGGUUGUCUUUUUCUUGGUUCCUUUUUAUAUUUUUAAGUUAGUCUCUUGGCUCCUCUAAUAGCAGUAGCUGAAUGGUUUCUAAGAAAAAAUUUCUAGUCUAAUCUUGUGUAAUUGAGAUACAUGGGUUUACUCUUAAUGUGCUUGACGUAUCGAUGAUUACAUGAGGUAGUUUUGUCAAUGACAUAACGGCUGAUGAGGGCAAACCUUCAAAGCUCUUUGGUGACAUGAUGAGGACUGAGCAGCCAUUGUUGUUGACAAUGUAAAUCAAGGUAGCAAAUUUUUCAUUAAUGUAAAAUGUAUCGAAGACAAUAUAUGAUAUUCUUUUUGGAUUUGAAAUUUCUGCUAUCUAAAAGUAAAUUUCGGUUCA